AUGGCAGAAAAGAGGAAACGUGUUGUAUUAGGAUUCAAUCAAAAACUUGAAAUUAAUAAACGUUUGAAGAAAGGUGAAACUGUUACAAAUAUUGCUCAGAUUUAUGGUGUGGGGAGAACAACAGUGAAUGAUAUAAAACKGGAUGUUGAAAAAAUUGAGCAUCAUGUGUCGCAAAUGCAAAGCAACGAUGGAGAUGUCAGAAGUCGUAAAACCAUGAAAUCGGCAAAAUAUGAACAACUUGACAACGUUAUGUAUCAGUGGUUUAUUCAAGCCCGAAGUCAAGGAAUUCCACUUUCUGAUCCUAUUAUUACGACCAAGGCAGACAUAAGAGGAGAGAAACUUAGUGCGAAUAGUGCAAUCAUUGCUGAAUUCAAGGAACAAUUUAAAUUGAAAAUACAAURUGAUCUUAAACUCGUUAGAGAACAAGUUUAUAAUUGUGAUGAAACUGGACUCAAUUGGAAAGCCUUACCACAAAAAACACUCACAUCAUUUUCGGAAAAAACAGCUCCAGGUUUUAACUUCCAAAAAGAUCGGAUCACUGUAAUGGUUUGUGCAAAUGUAACCGGCAAUCAUAGGCUACCUUUGCUGGUGAUUGGAAAAUCUAAAAAACCACGUGCAUUUAAAAAUUUCCGUUAA